AUGCCUCACAAAGAAGAACAUCGCGAGUUCACGCCGGCCCUCUACCCGGAGUUUCCGGAUGGAUUUCCCACACUCCAGCUGCAAACCGUCUCCCUGUCCAAGCUCCUCCAAAACGACGCCACCGAGCAGGACCGCGUCUUCGAGCAAUGCAAAGGCCGCGGGUUCUUCUACCUGGAGCUAGGCGGAUGCGAAGCAGGUGAGAUGAUCCUCAAGCUGGCCGACGACAUCGCCGCCGUCGGCGAGGACACGCUCAAGCUACCGAUGGCCGAGAAGCUCCAGUACCAAUUGCAAGGUCGGUCGCUGGACGGGUACAAGCUCGCGGGCGCGUCGGCGGCCGACAAAAAGGGCACCAGGGACACGGCCGAGUUCUUCAAUGUCGGCAAGAACGAUAUGAUCGUGCCUGACGACCAGAUGAAGAAGCCCUGGCCGGCGCCGAUCAAGGCCGCGAAGCCCCUGUUCAGCACGUAUGUCAAGACGGCCCACGGCAUCGGCAUGCACAUUCUGAGUGUCAUUGCGAGCAAGAUGGGCGUCGAUCCGUCCGAGUUCGCCAGUCGGCACCGGAUCGAGGAGAUGUCGGGCGAUCAUGUCCGCAUCACGAGGGGACCUCCGCGAGCGACGGAAGAGAUGCCCGAGAUCCAGACGCCGUCGCACACCGACUUUGGCACCAUCACGAUUCUCAUGAACUGGCUCGGCGGCCUGCAAGUAUACUCCGUAUCCGCGCGCACAGCCCAGCUCUCCGACGGCCAACCGGACGUCGCGGGCGAGUGGCUCUGGGUGAAGCCGCAGAAGGGCUGCGCCAUCAUCAACCUCGGCGACGCGGCCGUCAAGUUCACCAACGGCGUCCUGUGCUCGGGGCGGCACCGCGUGAUCCCGUCGCCCGGCGCCCAGGGGAGGUGGCCGCGCUACAGCAUCGUGUACUUUGUCCGGCCCGAAGACCAGUGCGUCAUGAGGCAGCUGCGGGGCGGCGGCAUUCCGGACGGGCCUGAGGAGGAGGCGAUCACGGCGCGGGACUGGAUUUUUAGACAGGCUCAGGGGCUGGGCAUCCAAUUUGAGAAGGAGAAGGAUAAGUAG